GUUAUAUGACAGAGAGGGUAACGGAUAUAUCACAACUGGAACACUCAAGGAAAUCCUUGCCGCUCUUGAUGACAAUUUGACGAGCAGGGAUUUGGACGGGAUCAUCGCUGAAAUUGAUACUGACGGUUCCGGAACUGUUGAUUUUGAUGAAUUCAUGGAGAUGAUGACCGGCGACUAAACAAUUUCCAGGACAAUUAAGGAAAAUGAACUUUUAGUAUUUAGCAAAAUUCCAGUUUACAACACUUGAUAAAAGACAAUGAAGACCUAUAUAUGUGUGAAUAAUUCAAAUGUGGCAUUCUUCCUUCGCAUGUUGUGAUUAAAUUGUUUUUCAACAUUGUGUUUUAAUGGUAUGUGCAGAUACUUCAUUGAAAUAUUAAAACAGAACAGAAAAAUCA